UAAAAACGGAGUUUGGAGCUCCCAAUCAUCAUCAGUUAUCCAUCGAAUCUUCUCGUGCAAACAAGCAGCAGUCACAGCUACCACAAAAUCAACUUCCAAAAUGUUCAAAUUCAUUGCUAUUGUUGCCCUCCUCGUCGCCUCUGUGAGCGCUGGCCUGAUCGAGUCCCACCAUGUGGUGCAUGAGCCCGUCCUCGCUAAGGUUGGAACCGUGGUGCACUCUGCACCUUCGGCUGUCUCCCAUCAGAGCAUCACCCAGGUGCACAGCAAGUCAUACAUCCAGCCCGUGGUUGCUCCCGUCCUGAAGACCACCAUCCACUCUUCUCCCGCCGUGGCUGUACAUGCUGCUCCCGUCGUUCACUCCGUGCCCGUUGUCCACCACGCUGCUCCUGUCGUCCACACCGUUCACGCUGCUCCUCUGGUCCACUCUGUGCCCGUGGUCCAUCAUGCUGCUCCUCUGGCCUACACCCUGCACCAUUAAGGAAGUUCUCUGCACACUCC